AUGUUCACCCUUUCAGAAGUUGCCUCACUUAAUGACAUCCAGCCCACUUAUCGGAUUUUAAAGCCAUGGUGGGACGUUUUCAUGGAUUACUUGGCAAUUGUUAUGUUGAUGGUUGCAAUCUUUGCAGGGACCAUGCAGCUGACCAAAGAUCAAGUUGUUUGCUUACCAAAGUUAGAUUCAGCUGUAUGUUCAGCUUCUCAAACUAGCAAAACAGUACAAGUUUCUCCUAUGUUUGAAGAAACUACAGAAGGACCUGAUACAAAAUGGCAAAGUGCAUUGCCUAAAGUUGAGUCAGAAACACCUUUGACAAGACAAACUGAUACUUUGGUCGCUCCACCUCAGUCUUCUGUUGAGAGCAUUAACAAGGAAGCAAGGAAUCCAGGGGGGAGAAAAAACAAAUCUGGAUUACCAACAAUAUAUAUUUAUUAACCAAAUGUGCUAUCAUGUGGCUCUCCCAUGGUACUCAAAGUACUUUCCUUAUCUUGCACUUAUACAUACAAUUAUUCUAAUGGUCAGUAGCAAUUUCUGGUUUAAAUAUCCAAAGACCUGUUCAAAAAUUGAGCAUUUUGUCUCCAUACUGGGCAAAUGCUUUGAAUCCCCAUGGACAACAAAAGCUUUAUCUGAGACAGCAUGUGAGAUUCAGAAGAAAAUAAGCACAGACUUACUGGUGCUCAUUCCCUCCGGAAACACUUCUCAAAUAGCAGUGAAGAGGGAAGUCCUAGCCCCAGCACUCCAAUGAUCAGCAAAUCUGGCCUUAAGUUUUCAGCUGACAAACCAGUAGUGGAGGUUCCUGGAAUGACCAUCUUGGACAAAAAAAGACGGGGAACAGGCUAAAGCCCUUUUUGAAAAGGUCCGCAAAUUUCGUACUCACGUUGAAGACAGUGAUUUAAUAUACAAACUCUAUGCUGUACAAACAGUUGUCAAGACAGUGAAAUUCAUUUUCAUACUGUGUUACACCUUAACAUUUGUAACUGCAAUAAGUUUUAAACACGUAUGUAAACCCAGUGUUGAGCACCUUACAGGAUACAAGGAGUUUGAAUGCACACAUAACAUGGCAUUUAUGCUAAAGAAGCUUCUUAUCAGCUAUAUUGCUCUUAUUUGUGUCUAUGGCCUUGUUUGUUUGUAUACUUUGUUUUGGCUCUUUAGGAGACCUCUUAAAGAAUACUCAUUUGAGAAAGUGAGAGAGGAAAGCAGCUUUAGUGACAUUCCUGAUGUUAAAAAUGAUUUUGCAUUUCUUUUACACAUGGUUGACCAGUAUGAUCAGUUAUAUUCCAAGCGCUUCGGUGUUUUCUUGUCUGAGGUGAGUGAAAACAAACUGCGUCAGAUUAGCUUAAACCAUGAGUGGACCUUUGAGAAGCUUAAGCAGCACAUUUCUCGCAAUGCCCAAGAUAAGCAGGAGUUGUAUCUCUUCAUGCUUUCUGGAAUUCCAGAUGCUGUGUUUGAGCUAACAGAUCUUGAAGUUCUUAGGCUUGAGCUUAUUCCAGAAGCUAAGAUACCAGCCAAAAUUUCUCAAAUGACUGCUCUUCAAGAACUUCAUCUCUGCCACUGCCCAGCUAAGGUCGAACAAACCGCAUUUAGCUUUUUGCGAGACAACUUGAAGUGCCUUCAUGUGAAAUUUACAGACGUGGCUGAAAUUCCUCCCUGGGUCUACUUGUUAAAAAAUCUUCGAGAACUACACUUAGUAGGUAACUUAAACUCCGAAAAUAACAAGAUGAUUGGACUUGAUUCAUUAAGGGAGUUGAGGCAUCUGAAGCUUCUCUAUGUAAAGAGCAAUUUGACCAAAAUACCAUCCAAUAUCACAGAUGUGGCACCACAUCUAACAAAGCUUAUCAUUCAUAAUGAUGGCACCAAGGUGGUUGUGUUAAACAGCCUUAAAAAGAUGAUGAAUGUAGCAGAGCUAGAACUCAACAACUGUGAAUUAGAGAGAAUUCCACAUGCUAUUUUCAGUCUGACCAACUUGCAAGAGCUGGAUCUAAAACUGAACAGCAUUCGUACUAUAGAAGAGGUCAUCAGUUUUCAACACUUAAAAAGGCUGACUUGUUUGAAAUUGUGGCACAACAAAAUUGUCAGCAUUCCACAGUCUAUUUCACAAGUAAAGAACUUGGAAUCUUUGUAUUUGGCACACAACAAGCUAGAGUCCCUUCCAGUAGGCCUGUUCCUCUUGCAGAAACUUCGACACUUGGAUGUCAGCAGCAAUUGUAUAUCUAUGGUUCCUAUUGAAAUUUGUAAUCUCCAGAAUCUUCAGCAUUUGCACUUUGCAGGAAAUAAAGUGGACAUCUUGCCAAACACAUUGUUCAAAUGCAUCAAAUUAAGAACUUUAUGCUUGGGUCAAAAUUGUAUCGCUUCUCUCCCAGAAAAGAUAGGGAAUUUAGUACAGCUUACACAUCUAGAACUAAAAGGGAAUUGCUUAGAUCGCCUACCUUCCCAGAUUAUUCAGUGUCGUCUUCUCAAGAAAAGUGGGCUGGUCGUUGAAGAUCACCUGUUUGAUGCAUUACCAUCAGAGGUAAAAGAGGCAUUGAACCAAGAUACAAGUGGUCCUUUUGCCAAUGGCAUGUAG